CCACCCCUUGUCACCCACUUUGUGGAGUCACUACCUCGUCUCGAAGAGUGGACAGUAGGUUCGAGUCAAAAUGUCAGACGCCGCCCCUCCUGCUGCUCCUCCCGUGGAGAAUCCCCUCUACGUAUUCGAGCACUCCCUCUAUGUCGGCAACUAUAUGAGUGGCAUCCUCUACGGGAUCUCUUUGAUGAUGUAUAUCGCCACUAUGCAGGGGUUGCUGCAGAAGAGCGUCACCCGAACAUCUGCAAAGGCCCGACGGUUCUUUGCUAUUUAUAGCACGAUUCUGUUCCUGCUGUUGACGAUUGAUAUCGCGGUGAAUGCGAUUUGGUCACAGUUGUGCUGGAUCGAUGGGCGGAACCAUCCUGGAGGCGUUUUGGGGUACAUUGGCGAGAAUAUGGCGGUUUGGUAUCAGACUAUGGGCUCGACCACUGUCGUCGCUAUGAUCUUCAUGGGUGAUGCCCUCCUGCUCUACCGCAUGUAUGUCAUCUGGGGACAGAAUAUCUACGUUCUCAUCCUCCCAUGUCUCGCAUACCUCUGCGCUUUCGCUUUGGCAAUCAUUCAAUUGGUCACCGCCGCCAUGCCAGGCGCCAGCCUUUUCAAUGGCAAGUCUAUCAACUUCGGUGUCCCUUACUACACAAUCACCAUCUCCCUCAACGUCGUUAUCACCUCCUUGAUUUGCUAUCGUCUGCGCCGUCUCUCCAAGACCGUCUCUCAAGCACUCGGUAGGGAUAACGCAAGGAUGUACACCAGCGUUGCCGCGAUGCUCGUUGAAUCCGCCGCUCCUUACAGCCUCGUCGGCAUCAUGUUCCUCAUUCCCUACGCUCUCGAAAGCCAAACCGCUCUUUCUUUCGGUCAAGUCUGGGCCAAACUUACUUGCAUCUGCCCACAAAUGAUUGUAUUCCGGGUCAUCUCCGGCAAAGGCUGGACCAAGGAAACCGUCACCCAGGCCGAAAGCACUGUUGUCUUCAGUGGCAACAGGCCCGGAGCUAUGGCCUCGGGUAUUGAGCUGCGCUCUCAGCAUUACUCUACCCACAACACCACACUCGGGGGAACUGUCAACGAGAAGUGGGACGGUGAGAGGAGCACUAAAAGCUUGAACACCACUGUCUAAUUGGGCGGUGGACUGGUUUUCCCCGUCGGUCUGGGUUAUGGAUUCUUUGUUGGUUUGUUAUCGCGUCAGGCGCCUUCACAUUGUACUAUAGUUUAGUCCUCGUAACAUUAUUACUAAGUUGCAUCGUAUCAGUAGGUAUCGGCAUUGGAAUACAUCGCUCUCUGCUUCC